UUAUCGAAAAUAUAUAAUUCACAUAUCAUUAAAAGGCUACACUCUUUUUGUAUGUUUUAAGCUGUUAAAAUAUUUAAGCGACAUCGAUUAUCAGUACAAAUUUGUUUGUGCUUUGUAAAAAUACGCGUGUUGAUUGGUUAAUAUGUUUCACACAGCCAGCCAAAGAGAUAUCAGCAGGUUCCCCUGCAAGAGAUUUGUCACAAAUCCGACAUAGAAGACCCACUCUUGCUUCUAAAAAUGAUGAUAUAAACCAACAGACGUAAUAUCUUGUAGAAUAAUCAAUAGUGGCUUUAAAUGUCAAUUGGGCCAUAUGCAAGAUACAGGUAUUGUAUUUGUUAUUUUUACGUAGAUGCUCUGUGUAUUUAGAUUAUGAUCAUCUUGUUGACAUUUCAGAAAGCAGUAAGUACAGACUUUUCUAGAUGAUAGUGAACGUCAACUUUUAAUGCAUAGACGGUCUGUACGGUUAAUACCUAGUCUAGCUAUUAAUAAUAUAAAAACAAUACUUUAUUAAUGAUUUCCGGUUUAGUUUUAAACAAAAACAAUGCGUUUCUUAGCAUUGUUUACGCAUAACGCACAUGAGGCUCUUUUGGCAAGCAGAGUUUCGCGCACAGUCGAGUCUCCAAAACCAGCCGUCUCGCCAAGGAUAACAUCAAUGCGUUCAUCUCAACAACAGCUAUGGAGGGCCCAGGCAUGAAUCAAGCCGGCGGAAGCCCAUAUCCCGCACAAAGUAGGCCCCGACAACCGGCAGACCAACGUCAGAACCCGUUUCAGAAUCUGACCGCUGAAGAAAUCGCCGUAUUAAAAGAAUGCAAUCGUCAAAGCUUCUACUACAGAUGUGUUCCAUUCGCUGUUCUCUCGGGUAUCGCCAUCCAAUGGGCCGUCAAGGCGGGUUACCUAACGACACAUCCAAAGUGGGGCACAGUUCCCAAGCUUGUCGGAGCCUGCGCUGUGUCUUAUAUAUUGGGAAAGUGGUCAUAUAGGCACAGAUGUGUGGAUAUGAUUUUGUCGCUACCCAAUUCACCACUAGCUGCAAGUAUUAGGAGAAACAGAGGGAGAUUUUCAGCGGAGGACACCGUAAAUUUUAUCCAGACAGCCCCUGAUACUGGACUUGGUUUUCCUACUCACGACGUCCGGGACGUAGACACGUCUCGUACGGCGUCAUCGUACAGUCAAGCCGAACAAAGGGAGCGGCUCCCUCUUAAUCUUUCACCAUCAUCUGCCUUACCGCCCGACGGGGAAACUUCGGAGAGUAGUCCGGUACGGUAUCGCUCUUUCGACGAUCUUCGACGUGAAAAUCGUGCCGAAUUUGCAAACAGACGGUUUACAAGUGAUGGCGGCCGUAUUCUGUAUCCUCCGUCAGGUCGGGACCUUCAAACGGAUGCGCCACAAACGCCGUCAUAUUCGGGCUAUGCAGCCCAACCUGCGCCGUUGCCAUCGCUGCCUUCUUCCGAAGAUUCCAACCUAAACAAACGCUAUCAGAGAAAAAACAAAUAUGGCGAUUUCGUAGAAGACUAACUUUUCUUUGCAUCAUAGAAUUCGAAAAAAUUCGCAUCAAGACUCGGGAAUGGUAGAUGCCUAUUAGUAUUGUACAAGUUGGAAGGAAUCUUCGAUUAGUUAACACACUUAAUAGAAAUGAUAACAGAAACUGAAGUAUCUAAAUAAUACUAAAAGUGUUGGAUUUUAAAAAAGAAAUGUGCGUUUUUUAUGGGACUUUAUAGAUGAUUAUUAUUACUGGAGUUGUUUCCUAGAUUAAAAACAAGGCCAAUGAGCUAAUGUCGUUGCGUAUAUGAUGCACUAGUAAGCGAGUCAUGUGUUUCGGAUCUGAAUCGUUCUGGAAGAGUGAUAAGGAGAGUAAGACGUACAAUGUACGGAUUCUAAUAUAAGUUACUUAUAAAUUACUAUGUAUGUGAACAAGUUAGUUCUAAUAGCUAAUAUCGCCAUUAUAGAGUAGUGAAAUUUAAUCUUCAUUAUAAGAGAUAUAGAUUUUCUAAGCUUGUUUAAAUACAUACAUGUGCACAAGAUAUUCCUAAGAUGAGAAAAUGGUGGCCAAAUGUGGAUGCUAACUACUAUAAAAUCGUUUACCAAAACACUAACGAUUCCUUUUGGCUGCUGUAGUGCGUUGAAUACAUCUUCUGAGCCAGCGUGUAGUAGAGUUUUUAGUUUUGCACUGGCGUAACGUUCAAAACAGAUCCACCUGAUGCAGGUUAAAUGCCCAGUUCCACAAAAAAAUUUGUGUGCUCAUAGUUUCUAAGCGCUCAAUGAGAAACUUUGUAGCGUUUUCAAUUAUGUGACGUAAAGCAUCGUAGUGAAUGAAGAUUAUGCUAAUCUCUUCUUGAAAGAAAAACCUAAUUUCCAUCUAGGUAUGCAUUUACCACAAAAUUUUUCUACACAUUCACUAGGCUCUCGUUGUGGCCACGCUGGCGCUCCGUUGUUCGACAAACUUUCACAUUGACGGCAACGAAUUUCGUCGUCUUCCCACGUUGUUACUGCAAAAAGUACUGUUCUCCUGCAGUAGUUAAAUAUAGCAAUAAACUUCUAGUUGGAAGAGCACUAAGAAUAAGCUUUUUUUUAGGAAAAGCCGAAAUUAAUCAACAAAGAAUUGAAAAUAGCUAAGUACAAAGCUGCACGUGCUCUGAUUGCUAUUGAUAUAUGAGAACAGUCUGACGCGAGAUAUUUCCCUAUGUAACUUAAUGGAGUUUAUUAUAGUGUUCCUUCCUAUAUUUUAGGUUAAUGCGUGAGUCCUUGGGAUUAAUCUCCAUAUAUUCCUUUUCCCAAUUUGUCGUUGCCAAGCUCCCAAAUAUUACACAGGGUGUUCUUGAGUUUAAGGUCGGUUCUGUAGGGAAUGUUAGAGCUUAGUAAAUGAAGCAUUCCUCGUGAUGAAACUCAUGGCCCCGGUUAUUAUUAUUAUUGUUAAAAAAUAGAAUAGAAACAACGGCCAUAUCUGUUUUUAGAGACAUAAAUUAGAAAGAUAUGAUUGCGUAAAAAACCGCUGUUUUGAUUUAGAAGCUGGAAGUACUGCAUAUGUGAAGGACUCCGUGCCUUCAUCUCAUACUCAAAUCAAGUUAGCUAAGUAAACAAAAGUAGUAGUAAUAGGUCCAAAACUAUGUACGUCUACGUUUUUAGCAUUAAAACGAAAUUACUGAAUAUAUCUCCAUUCAAUUUCAUUUCAGCUAUAUAAAGGCAAGACCCUUCUCGCUCAUUAGCUACCAGCCAAACAUUGAAGCAAGCUCUUAUUUUAGAGCAUGGUAUCUGUUAUCGCUUAAUCACAUAUUUGAGUAGUGCCGCAUCGGUAAAAUCAAUUAAAAUGAAAAACUUUCACUUUGCUUUCAGCUUUGGCAAUAAACUGAUACCAGAUUGCCCCCAUUGUGAAAUGUUUCAGUUGUCACUUAGUAAGCUCUAUCGUUUCUUGUAUGAUUAAGGUAAAAUUUUGAGACACCCUGUAUAUUGUCGGAACGAUUCUUCCUGCUUCCUAUAUAUCUCUAUCUAUUUUUUGCCUGUCGCUUAUCUUUAAAAAGAGUAUAUUAGGAUAACGCGACUACUAGUAACUACGAUAUUUAGUAAAAAAACGUUGGUUUCAUUUUAUACGCAUAUGGUCGUAUUUUGAGAAAUGGUCGAGCUUGAAAUCUGAAGCAGAUAUAGACUUUUAUAACCCAGACAAAAUGAUGGCAAUAGGCUGUUGUCAAGCAAAGAGUCAAGUAAAGUUUUUGUACGGCUCAUAAUAAUUAGCGAAUCAGAAAAGAUACAAACUGAAAAGGAAAUC